CGCUAGCUACCUGUCACCUGCCCAACUCCACAACAACACAAGGCAAGGGUACCCAAUCGCGUCCACGUACUAUUCCACUCUCUAACCUUAUCAUCACUUCAAUACACAAACCCAGCGCGAGACUUAGCAGUGUCUAGUGUCAGAGCGCAACAGUAGCAGCUCGAUCGCCUCGCCUCGCCUCGUCCAUGGAGGACGACGACGACGACUUCACGUUCCCCGCGCCGGCGGCGACGGCGACGGCGACGGCGGUGGCGGCGGCGGCGACGUCGUCGCUGGCACCGAGCAGCCAGGGCGGCCUCCUCUGGCCAUUCUCAUCCACGAUGGCUACGGCGGACGACGACGACGCGGCGUCGGGCGGCCAGGCGGUGGCGGCGACGGCGCCGGUAGCAGCAGCACGGCGCGUCGACGAGGAGGAGGAGGAGGAGCGGAUGGACCAGCUGUGGGAGCGCGACCGCGACGCGCGCGCCGGCGACGAGGAGAGGAUGGACCUGCUGUGGGAGGACUUCAACGACGAGCUCCUGCUUCAGCUCCGGCGCCGCCAGCAGCAGCGCGCGGCGGCCGGGACGCCGCCGUCACCGUCACCGUCACCCGCGGCGGCGGCCGACGACGACGACGACGAGGAGACGCCGUCGUCGUCCCCACCGGGAGGAGGAGGAGGGCUGUACGGGUGCGCGCCGACGAUGCUGAGGGCGUCGUCGCGGGCGGGCGCCGUGGGCCAGUUCUACGGCGGCCGCCGUGGCGGCGGCGGCGGGAGCAGGGCGACGACGGGGUGGGAGCUGCUGCUGAGGCUCUUCCGGAAGCUGUUCGCCGUCGACAAGUCGUCGCCGUCGCCGGCGCCGCCGUGCCGCCACCACCAUCGCCGCCACGGGAGCAUCUACGUGCCAUGAUUAGCGCUAGCUUACUCUUAAUUACUAUUCUCUCGCCGCACAUACAUUCGCGGCAAAGUAAUUAAUUAACCUACUGUGUGUAAUUAAAAGCAUCUUCUGGAGCUCAGCUCAGUGUUUUUUUUUUCCUUUUCAAAAUUAAAUGCACACCAUGUAUGCAUAAUCGAUCGUACAGUCAACAUUAGGAUUUAAAUUCAGUUAUAAAUGUUGAGGAGUUCUUGGUUUUGUUUUUUCUGGGUAAGAGGAAAAUUAUUGCUUUUGUUUC